UAAGUUAUUUAAAAUUGGCGACAAAGCGCGCUGAUGACUAGCGCACUCUAAGAGCGCUACUGAAACUAACUAAAGCAACAGUUGCGAUCCAGUUCUUGUUAUGGAAGGAGUGUUUCACAUUUUUAAUCCUAGUUAUGUAAAAAAAUAGUGAUUUGAAUGAUUAAAAUAGUGAUUUAUUUUAUUAGUUUAUAUUGUUUAAAGAAUAUUUCAUCGUUAAAAUGGACAACGUAUCAGUAUCAAAGGGUGUUUUUGUACAUAAAGGUGCAUAUAAAAUUGGAAAUAAAAAAACAAAAUUUGAACAACCAGAUUAUAUAAAUGAACCAUGGUAUCUUACUUAUAAAGAAACGUGGGAUGGCAUUCAAAAUGCCAUGGAGGAUGUAAGAUUAAAUAUGUUCCAAGAAAUUUUAAAUGAUUUAGAAUCUUUUGUUACUAAAGUCAAAAAUAAACCAAUAGAACAACUUGAUGAAAUACAGGCAGCUAUUGUGCUAGCAGGAGUUAAUGUCUCUGAUCACAAAGAAAUGUUUCAAAGAAUAGUUUCUAAAUUAGAAGUGAAAACAAAGCAUAUAGCAGUUUUAUGGAGCAGAGACUCAAAUAAUAUAAAAGAUAUUACAGAAAAAUCAAUUUAUCAAUUGAUAAAUGAUGGAGAGGAUGAGGAUACACAUAUUAAAAAGAAUCAAUGUCAUAUGAGAGCUUUAAAAGCAUGGCACCAAGAGAAUUGUGAUCAAAAUGAUCCUCUUAUUAUAAUAUUAACUGAUUUUGAAAGCACUCCUGCUGCAGUAUUACAUGAUUUUAUUUUAAUUUUAAGUGCUUAUGCAACUUCAAUGAAAUUUAUUCUUAUUUUUGGUGUUGCAACCACUUUGUUUGCCAUUCAUAGAUCUUUAACGUAUGAUGUUACAUCAAAGUUAAAUGUUCAAGUAUUUCAAACAAAAAAACAAAUUGAUGUGUUAUCAGAUGUAUUAGAAAAUACUGUUUUUGGUACAAAUAUUCCAUUUAAGUUAACUGGACGCGCGUUUCAAUUAUUAACGGAUAUCUUUUUAUUUUAUGAUUUUUCUGUACAGAAUUUUUUUCUAAGUUAUAAGAUAUGCAUGAUACAACAUUUUUAUGCAAAUAAUAUAAAUUCUCUUUGUUGUCAACCGCACAAAAUAAAAAGUAGGAUGUCUUCAUUGACAGAUGAAGAUUUGGAUGAAAUUAAAAAAUUGCCCUCUAUAGAAAAACAUAUUCAACAAUUGACAAAAGAUGAGAACAAAGAUGAAUUACUUGAAAAUAGUAAAUUUAAGGAAAUAUUGAUCCAAGUUUUAAACAAUUUCCAUCAAUAUAUGCAUCGGUUUUUGUUAAUACUCAGAUGUUUGUACGAUUUCGUGUCGACAUUACCAAAUGCACCAAUGGGUAAACAGUUACGUGAAUUUUACACAACAGUGGUUUAUUUGAACAAUUUGAAAGAAUCUCAAGAGUACAAAGAAUGUCUGCAAUUAUUGACCUUUUUAUCCAAGCAGGAACUUCUCUCAAAAUUGAAAUCUUUGGUAGCAAUUAUCGCAAGUUCAAAAGAUUCAGAUAUGAUAAAAGUCAAGAAAGAUUUGCAGAGUUUUGAAAAAAGAAUUGACGAAUCGAGUUUAGAAGUUGCAGAAAAACCUGUAGAUAUUGUUUCUACGGGUGAAAGACUGAGUCGACUUCAAUUGAAAGAGAAAUUAUUGAAAAUGUCUAAAACACACUCUAAAUCGCCUUAUAAAAUAGCACAACAGGAUUUGAUCGAUUAUUUGGACCAGAAAGUAUUUUGUUAUUUGGUUAAUCCUAAUUAUAUACCAGGAAAUGAGAUAUUUUGUUUCAACGAUGGUAAUUUAGCGAAGCAACAUAUUCGAGGAUCUUUGAGAUCUGCGAUUCAUACUGGACUAAAUAACCCACAAGUGUACUUAAACUGCGGGUGCUGCAAAUUGGAGAACGACGACGCCAUUCCGUCCACGCUGCCUGACCUCAGUAUAAUUUACAAGCUGCACUUGGAAUCCAGGAAACUGAUCAAUAUGUACGACUGGCUCCAGGCAUUUUUAAUUAUCGUGGAUCCAACAAGCAGUGCAAAGGAGCAAAGGGACGUGGAUCCGAAAUUACAAGCUCGUUUUGCUCAAGCGGUCGCAGAGCUGGAGUUUCUAGGUUUCAUUAAGAGUUCACGAAAGAAGACCGAUCACGUGAAACGACUCACAUAAUUAUUAUUUCGCGUUUAGUCUUUUGUAUUUUUUUUUCUACUUUUUUUAUUUAUUUUUUUACAAAAUAUAUUUGAUAUUUUGAAAAGUAUUUUUGUAGAUUUUUAUAAGUUUUUUUUUUCAGAAGAAUUGAAAGAAAUUGUUUAUUUUUUAUUCGGUAGAUUUUGGAUAUAAUCAAUUUAUUGAUAAAAUAUUAAUUGUAUGUUUGUUAUACAAUUAAAAUUCAUCAAACUAUGAACUCAAUAAUCAAAAUUAGAUAAGGCUUGUUUUCUUAGAUUGAAUUUUUUCUUCUUAUUCUAUUUUUAUAAUCAAUAAUCCAUCAACAUCUACAUCAAUUGUUCCAAUUAUAAAAUAUUUAAUAUAAAUAGGUGUAUUUCACAUUCUAAAAGCAAAAUUAAAUUGAAUAUUUUUGA